GUUUACGUGCGCUUCAUCCAAUUAUGCUCGCUGGGUUCGAGAGUAGAAAGGUUAAUGUCGGACGUAAAAAGAAAUUACUCUACUGUGAAGCGGAUUUCAAGUCUGCGAUUUCUGCAUUUGACGAUACUGUAACUCAAGCCUUCGGGGUUCCCAAACGUCACUUAUCACAAGACCGAUUGAAUACUACUAACAAGUUCGCUCAUGAAAACGACUUUGGUGACGUCACUUUUAUACCCAGAAGGAAGACGGCUUAUGUACCUACCGGUAAUUUAUCCGGUUUCGCUAUCAGCCCUCCAGAAAGCCAUGCCAUCCAGAUGUCUAAUGAUGGCCUCCUUUCUGGUCGUCUUCAAGAACCACAGCCAAUACACAAUUCGUCUAAUCUGCGUGCGCCAUUUCCAUCUACCACUCAAUCUCAUCAGAGCACUACUGAAAAUCGAAAUGCGGAAUGCUGCGAACGAUCCGUCGUGAAGCCCCUUGCUUUUACUCCAUCUUUCGCAUCCGCACCGGCACUGAUCCAAAACGGAUGGCAAUCUCGCUCCAUUCAGUCUGCAAUUGAAUUGCUUGAAGUUGAUUCCGAUUCUGUCGACAUAGCUUUAGGGGUGCCUAAUUCUCGAAAGCCGCCCGCUGUCCCUGCAGCACCGAGGAUUUGUCGAGCGCGGAGUUUCUUUUCCCAACUAAAAUCAGGCCUGAGCGAAUGGAUCGAAUUGCAAACCACACUGCUUCAGCAAGCCGAACUGGGACAAGACGUUGCUACCGAAAAGUUGGUUUCUGAAUUUCUCAGUCGGCUUCAGAGACGUCUCAGCACGAUAACCCGAUUGGAAGAGGAAUACAUCCGAUUCUACAGAGUCUACCGACAGCGCAGGUCUAAAUACACUGAACGGCGACCCUCAAAAAGCAUUCAACCAACGCCCAUCACACAGCUAUCACGUGGUUUAAGUAAAUCUGUAUCCGCUUUGACAACUUCGGAUAGCUAUGAACCUUUCGAUGUCACACCAAAGCAGGACUCCCGAACACUCCAAACCUCAGUGCACUGCGUUUGGGGCACCUGUUUGCUUAGCGCAGUUCCACCUCGGUUAACACACAAGGAAGAGCAUCCAGAUAAUGAAAGAGAAACACUUUCCAUCCCAGAUCGAAAUUCCGUCACAAACACCUCCGCCUACUCAUCUCUGGGCACCGAAGUUAGGCCAAAACGACAAAAAUCGCAUCUACUUUCUCGAGCACCUCGAUUCAUGAAAUCGGAACUUUUACUGGAACCAAACGUAAAGUAUGAACAGUUCCUGAAGCAUUUAUUAUGUCUCAUCGAGGCGCAGACGGAGUAUCUUUCUGGAACGUUCAAGUGUGAGGUAAUCGGUAUUUCAGGCGCUGGUCAGUGCUUUAACAAAGACGAAUUCAAAGUUAACUUUGUCUACGGUCCACCCACUUUACCGACUCUCUACGAAAUUCACGACAAAGAGGUUAAACUACUCCCAGUUCGUAAGAGCUCAAUCGAAACCGAAAAUGUGGUGCAUUUAGAAGAUAAAUGGAUCGCACAUGGUCGAAUACACUGUACUCAAUCCGUCAGAAAGAACCACGACCGCAUUCCCCUCUCCGCAUGCGAGAAUGUGCCUGUGGACUAUUCAUUUCCAAAGCAAAUAUGGGAUAACCCAUGCAACAUCUUUAGCCCUCUGAUUGACAGCGUCCUCACUUUAAAGGCAGUGGAAGUGAAAAGAUUCGGAAAAGUAGAAAUACUGCAACAUCAGUCGUACGAUAUCAUUAGCCUGUUCCGAUCAAAAUAUUUCCAAUUGUCCACUCCACUGAAGCAUAAUGGCCAACUGAAAUUCCACUUCCUUAUCGGAUGGAGCCCUCUAGCAGACACAAAUGACCAAAAUUUAAUCUACUAUUCGCCUCAUUCCCGGUACGGAUCCGCUUCCAGUGGUACAAGCAAAACGAAACUAUUGAGUUCUGCAUGCCUAAACCUUAACGAUCCGAGCCCUGUGAGCUUGAAAGGGGACGGUUCACAAACCACUGACUGGGAGCCCUCACCUGUCUCGGAUCGAACAAGUGUUGCUUCCUCCAAUGUAGAAUCCUCUACGAAUAUGAGUAGAACCAGGUCAUGUAUUCUCUAUCCAGCGGAAAAGAAAAAGUCAUCAGCAUCCAACAAUGUGACUAACGUCAGCGCCAAUUCCGGCAUCUGCGUUAAAGAAGACAGUGGUAAAACUACCCAGUGGUCACGUUGGAUAUCCACGCCGAAUCUCGGAAAGGCGGUCGCGAACGCAAGACUAAGGUUGAACACUGGUUGUUUAAGGGAGAUAUCCAUUCGACCUCGGAAGAAAACGCAAAACGGUGUGACGAUCGAGCCUUCGGCACCCCAGCUGUCCACCGAUUCCUUAUGCAGUUUCAUCGCCGAGACACAGCCUGCUAAAAGUGACUCGCCCAGCUCGGUUUCUUCUCAAAGGGAAUUCGAGGACGAACUUCAAUUCGUUAUCGACAAACUACAGAAUUUACUUCGGCUCAACGAUGAGAUGAAAACUGUACUCCAGCCAUUAAGAUGCGUGCUUCUGAAGCUGCAAAGUAGUAUACAGCAACCCACCUUCGGGAAAAGAAACUCUGCUGUCGCUAAGUUGAGUUCUUUACGGAAAAACGGACUAUCCUCACAGUUUGUUACGAAUUCAAUGAUUAAAUCGAAGGCAGAAAACGGAAAGCCUGGUAAAUCUGACACGCUGACAGAUUUAUGGGAAUCAUUUGCCUUUCUUGAUUGUUCAAAGCCCAUGGAAGAAGGUGCUUGCAAUGAAGAUUCUACCGACGCAGUGUUUGGUCUACAGCUCCAAUCUGUCUCGUUACCUAACGUAUCGGCCACACAAGCUCCACUGGACGGCUCCUACCAUCAGCUGGGCUCCACUGUCCUAUGGCAUUUAAAUUACGUCACUCGCCUCUUUGACCGGUUAUCCCAACUCCACGAAGUCACAUGCAAUCAAGCAGACGAGAAAGUUGAAUGCCUUUCUCCAUUGUUUUUCCCUGGAUCUAUAUCACUUUGCUUUGUGGAAAUGUCUUUGAGUAUACAAGUGAGCGUUACUUCCUUCGGAUUUCAUUUUUGUGCUAUAUUCUGCCAGUUCCGCUUCUCAGUACCGUGA